ACUGCUUCCUAAAAAUGGAGUUCUUAAUGACACCAGAGCCGGGCCGAGCUAUGUAAGGUAUCCAGGGUUUGGUCUCCCAGCUUCUCCUGUCUGUCUUUUUGCCUUUGUCUUUAAACAAGGACUGCUAGUCUGCUGUGGCUGCUUCCCAGUGGCCUCAAACUAUCUAGAUGGAUUCAUAGGCAGGCCAGAAAGCUGGAUAUCCGCAGGAUCUUUUAUUGGAAUUCCUCUUCAUCCCCCCGGGUAAAUAAGCAACGACACCCCAACAUGGCCUUCCAAAUGAAGAACGUUUGCUGGUUCCUGGCAGGUUUUUCGGUGCUUUCCUGCUGCAGGGCAGAAGAAGGACUGGAGUUCCCUACCUACGAUGGGAAAGAUCGUGUGAUUGACCUGAGUGAGAAGAACUACAAGCAGGCCUUGAAGAAGUACGAGACAUUUGGUGUGUUGCUCCAUGAACCGGUGACUUCUGACAAAACCUCUCAGAGGCGUUUUCAGAUGACUGAGAUGGUGCUGGAGCUUACUGCCCAGGUUCUAGAGGAAAAAGGCAUUGGCUUUGGAUUAGUGGAUUCCAAGAAAGAUGCAAAACUUGCCAAAAAGCUAGGUUUGGAUGAAGAAGGAAGCCUCUAUGUCUUUAAAGAGGACCACAUAAUUGAGUUUGAUGGGGAAAUGGCAGCAGAUGUCUUGGUUGAAUUCCUUUUAGAUCUGAUGGAAGACCCAGUGGAGAUCAUCAGCAACAAGCUGGAGCUGCAGGGCUUUGACCACAUUGAAGAGGAGAUCAAACUCAUUGGCUACUUCAAAGGAGAAGAUUCAGAACAUUACAAAGCAUUUGAAGAGGCAGCUGAACAUUUCCACCCCUAUCUCAACUUCUUUGCCACCUUUGACAAAGGGGUUGCAAAGAAAUUAGGUCUGAAGCUAAAUGAGGUGGAUUUCUAUGAGCCAUUUAUGGAUGACCCAAUUCAUGUCCCUGACAAGCCAUAUACAGAAGAGGAGCUGAUUGAGUUUAUAAAUGAGCACAAAAGAGCCACACUGCGCAAAUUACGCCCGGAGGACAUGUUUGAGACCUGGGAGGACGACCUGGAUGGAAUUCACAUUGUGACAUUUGCUGAAGAAGAGGACCCAGAUGGCUUUGAAUUCCUGGAGAUUGUCAAGCAAGUUGCCAAAGACAACACCAACAAUCCUGACUUGAGCAUCGUGUGGAUUGAUCCAGAUGACUUUCCUCUGCUCAUCAUAUACUGGGAAAAGACCUUCAAGAUUGACUUAUUCAAGCCACAGAUUGGUGUGGUCAAUGUCACAGAUGCUGACAGUGUCUGGAUGGACAUCAGGGAUGAUGACAACCUUCCCACAGCGGAGGAAUUGGAAGAUUGGAUAGAAGACGUACUUUCUGGGAAAAUAAACACUGAAGAUGAUGAUGAUGAUAUUGAUGAAGAUGACGACGACGACGAUGACGAUGAUGACGACGACGAUGACUAGGACAUGGGUCUCUGAAAUCGGGACAGUAAAUCUAUAUCCCUCUCAGUGUCUCUUCCCUGAAGGGAAGACAUUUUCCUAUUAGAACUUCCAAAAGCUGCUUCAAAGGGUCGUUAAAGACUCAUUGCUUCCUUGUUUCCUUUCCUUUAUCCCCUUUUAAAAAAUAGCCCCUAUUCUGGCUUCCAGGAGGUAUUCAUAAAGCAUACUGAAAUAAAUAAAACAUGGUGAAUGCUUAA